AUGGAUAGUAACGGUACAGGCAAGAAAGAAGUCUAUCGCAUUGAAAAUGAUGUUUCAGCUCGUAUUAGUACUGCUCAGGUGAUUGUCUCUACCAGUGCUGCUGUUCGACAACUGAUUGACAACUCACUUGACGCAUCCGCAGGAACCAUAGAAGUUCGGGUCAAAAACAAUGGCUUCGACAGCGUGGAAGUUAUCGAUGACGGUACUGGUAUUGAGGCGGAUAGUUUCACUCUUCUUUGCAAACCACAUGCAACUUCUAAGCUCACUAAUCUCAGCGACUUCAACACUUUAUCAACUCUCGGUUUUCGUGGAGAAGCUCUAAAUGCCCUCUGCGCUCUUGCGUCCCUGACCGUUAUUACAAAAGAUCGAUCUGCUUCCCUUGGUACUAAAUUGCGGUUUGAUCACUGUGGAAAUAUGGUUGAACAGUCCGCCGCUGCUAGAUCGGUUGGGACUACUGUGCUUGUAGAAAACCUAUUUGAAACUCUUCCCGUAAGAAGAAAGGAGUUCGAGAAGACUGCAAAAAGGGAAUUUGGACGGUUGCUGACCGUAAUACAGUGCUUUGCUCUAUCCCGACCUGAUGUCAAAUUCGUAUGCAGUAACAUCGUUGCUGGGAAAAGAAUACAACCAAUAUGCACACCAGGAAAAGCAUCCAUUAGAGAGGUGGUUGUCAACUUAUUUGGUGGUCGAACAGACAAAAAUAAAAUGGUUGACGUGGUCCGGUGCAUUCCAACUAGUGAAGUAUCAGCGAUUCACGGAGUCGAUUCCAAAAAUAAAUCAGUUUUUGAGAAUAUCGAGAUAAGUGGUUUCGUAAGUUCAUGCGAACAUGGCUUCGGACGAUGUUCCACCGACCGCCAGUUUGUCUAUGUUAAUCAGAGACCCGUGGACUACCCAAAAAUCUGCCGCCUCGUCAACGAAAUUUACCAGCAGUACAAUCGAUCUCAAUAUCCAACUCUUGUUUUGUACAUAGAAGUCCCACCUGGAGAAGUUGAUGUAAAUGUGACUCCCGAUAAAAGGAUGGUAUUUUUUGAGCGAGAAAAGGAAUUACUUGCUCUUAUUCGCUCCUCGUUUCUGGCAACUUUUCACCCUCUUCUAGGCUCAUACACAUCACUCGCAAGUGAACCUACUAACAUAGGCAAUGAAAGUGCUAACAAUGCUGCCAAACGAAUGUUGAAUCCUGGUACUCCACCAAUUAACCGUUCUGCUCUUUUCUCUCUUCUAAAAUCAAGUUCUACAAUGAAUAAUUCGCCAUCAUGUGCCCCUCCAGAACCGAAGAGAUCGAGAACUGAAGACCACCGUUCUUCAAAGUCCACUACGGUUGGAUUGAAAACACUAGAUGCUUUCGCAUUCAAGCCUAUUUCACGUGAAGUAUUAGAUGGUAGUAUAAGCAACCCUUCGAGAAGUGAUAAUACCCAUUCGAGUACUGGUCGACAGGAAAAUUUGUCCACAGCUCGGAGCAACAGCACCUCUAGCAGGAAGUCACCAAAGGAAUGCUCGCCGUCCACUUCAAGUAGGAGUUCUUCCGACCAUAGACAUCAGCAAAGAAGUUUUAAUCCAUCUUUAAUGAGGAAUCUAUCUCGAGGAUUCGAAGCCAGUAUUGAGAGAGACAGUGCUACUAUUGAGAAAAUGGAAAGAACAAUGGAUCUAGAAGACCACUUGUCAAAUUUAGUGGAAGAAACGGGGAAUAGUCCUCAAGAGCGCCUAAGAGAAGAAACAACACCAUUUCAAUCUGAGGAACGACCAACCACUUUCCUUAGGGCUCAACAACAAAUCGCUUUUUCCAUGACGACUCUCAGAGAUCGUAUCGAUAGGAUAAGAAACAAAAGGGCAAAAGCAGAACAAGCAAGUCAGCUUAUGGAAUUUAAUGCCUCAAUCGCACCUGAAGAGAACAUGUUGGCUGAGGAAGAACUUGACCGUAUCCUCAAAAAAACUGAUUUUGCUGACAUGUCGGUGAUCGGGCAGUUCAACAAAGGGUUCAUAAUAACUCGUCUGCGAGACCAUCUUUUCCUAAUUGACCAGCACGCUAGUGAUGAGAAGUACAACUUCGAGAGGUUUCAGAAGAAAGCGAGAGUGGAGACUCAGAAAAUGCUACAUCCCAAGCCACUCGAUCUCGGGGCAGUUCAAGAAUCAGUGCUUAAAGAUAACUUGGAAAUCCUAGAAGCAAAUGGAUUUGGCUUUGAGUUCCAAGAGAAAGAAGAUGGAUGUAGCGCGGCUCUUUUGGUUUCAUCCCCAGUACUUCACAGCUGGCAGUUCGACAAAAGCGAUAUAGAAGAGAUAUUGGCUGUCGUUUCGGAAUUCCCUGGAGUAAUGUAUCGGCCUGCAAAGCUUCGACGAAUAUUUGCAUCUAGAGCCUGCAGAAAGUCAGUGAUGAUCGGAACUGCACUCAGUACUAAUCAAAUGCAAACGAUCGUUAGCCAUCUGGGAACACUCGAUCAUCCGUGGAACUGCCCUCAUGGACGCCCAACCAUCCGGCACCUUGUAGAUCUCCGUAGUACUAUUUAA